UAAUAUGAAGGUUUCUGUAAAUUUUCAGACCAAUCCAAUAUGUUUUGCUAUUUUUCCUUGAAUUUAAUAAGAUGCUCGCAGAAAUAGUUUAACUAUGAUGAACUUUCUGUUUUUCUAUUAUAUUUGCGCAUUGUUUGUUCUUUCCUUGAAGAUUUUCAUGAGAUCACUGAACUCAUCUCAGGUAUUAAUAUAUUUACUUUGCACUCAUAAUAUAUUGUGUAAUUACUAAUGUCAAUUAUAUCAUCACAUUUAAUGCAGGUUCUGAGUACCCGACAGCCAAUCUUUUCUUGGUCAAACUUGUUCACAUAAAGUCACUAUUGACUUAUGAGAGUUUAGAUAAAGAUUCAGGUACCACAGCUACAUUUAUGAAAAAAAUGCUUGAAAAGAUGAAGUUGAAGUUUGAUAAGUAUUGGGGAUCUUGUAAUUUAUUGAUUUCUAUAGCGGCUGUUUUAGACCCUAGAAACAAAAUGAAGUAUAUUGAGUGGUGUGCUGACAAUUGCUAUUCUGGAGUGGAAGGGAUUGAACUUAAAGUAACAGUUUUUGAGACAUUGCGAAACUUGUAUGCUGAAUAUGUAGAGGCUUAUAGAGUUAGUACUAGUACUACUAAUAUUGUGAGAAAUGCUAGUGAUGCUCAAACAGGAAGUUCUAGCAAUGUUAGUGGUGUUAGUAGUGUGAAAUCUGGUACAAGUAGAAGCCAAAGCAAAUAUGAAAGCUUUAGGAAAACUGUUACUAGUGUUGAUCAAAUGAAGUCGGACUUUGAUUUGUACUUUGAGGAGGCAGUUGAAGAAUGGAAUGAGCCGACUCAGUUUGAUGCAAUUGGAUGGUGGAAGAUGCAUAAGAUGAAGUAUAAGAUCCUAUCAAAGAUGGCUUGUGAUGUGCUAUCAAUUCCCAUAACCACAGUAGCUUCAGAGUCUGCCUUUAGUGCUGGUGGUAGAGUUAUUGAUCCACAUCGUGCCUCUUUAGGAGUGGAUAUUGUGCAAAUGCUACUUUGUGCCGAAGAUUGGCUACGAGCUCGCUACGAGAUCAAGGGAAAAGCCAAGGACAAAGAGAAUACCAAAGAGAUCACUUUCACUUAAGCAUGUCAUCAAUAGAAUGGUAGUGACGCUUUGCUAGAUUGGAGUGAAUCUACAAAAUCAAUGGUUAUCUUAUAUAGUAGUUUUUGGUGUGUAUGUUUGGACUUUUCAAUGCUCUUCUGGUUACACAAGACAUUUUAAUUGUUCGGAUAGCUGUUUAAAUUAUGUUAUUUUGGCAUGC